AUGGCAUCGGCGUCGUUUCGCGAUUCGAUCAACAACCUGGGUUGGUCGCGCCGCACGGCAGACCUCCCGGUGAACACAGCACCGCAAGGCGGCUUUCUCUCCUCGCUUCAGUCAUACAACCCGUUCGGCGACCGUGGCUAUGUCCAACUUCCCACACAUGAAGGCCCUGGCGCCCCAUUACCAGCGCCUAGUCGCCGCGAAGAGGAAGAAGCGUGGUUUGCUUUGAGUCGAUGGGACCGUCUGCUGAUCUUUGGCGCUUGCAACCUCGGAGCCCUCGCCUGCUUCGUCAUCUGCUUCACCCUGUUCCCCGUCAUUUCUUUUGCGAGGCCGCGCAAGCUUGUCGUCCUAUGGACGUUGGGCUCGGUGCUUUUCCUGUCGUCGUUCGCUGCCAUGAUGGGUCCUUGGGCAUAUGUACAACACCUAGCUUCAACCCCGCGGUUACCCUUUACGGCCGCCUACUUUGGGUCUCUCGGGUUGACACUCUACUUUUCCGUCGGCCUCCAAAGCACGAUCCUCACACUGUUUGCGGGUCUCGCCCAGCUCGCUGCGUUGAUAUGGUACCUUGUGAGCUACUUCCCCAUGGGCUCAAGUGGGUUGCGCCUGGUCAGCAGUUUUGGUGCUCGCCGAGCGGCCGCCUGGAUGACCAGUUGA